ACCCAUUGGAAUAAAUAAUGGCAGCCAGACUAAGCUUUGAACAAAAGAAAUUCAUCCUAAAAUGCUAUUGGAAGUUUGAAAACGCAGUUGAAGUACAAAGACAGUUUAUGAAGGAAUUUCAAACAGGUCCACCUACACGACUUACCAUCACUCGAAUUAGAGAUAAGUUUGAAGCUGAUGGAAUUAGUAUUCAGAAUGUCCACAAAAAGAGCUCUGGAAGACCACGGACAUCGACAAGCCCCACAAAACAAGAAAGGGUAUUGGAAAUGUAUCACCAAAGUCCAAGAAAAUCUGUGCGGCAAGCAAGUCGUGACAUAGGAAUUUCGAAAUCAUCUGUCGAUGCAUCGUAUUUUGAAGCGCUGCCAUUGGAAAAGUGACAUUCCAAGAUUAGUCCAUGCUAUCAGUGAAGAUGAUCCAGAUCGAAGAGUGGAGUAUUGCGAAUGGUACUUGGAAAGAUGUGUAGAAGAUGCACACUUUCCAACAAAGAUUGUGUGGAGUAAUGAGGCUACAUUUAAAUUAAAUGGUUCAAUUAACCGCCACAAUUGCACCUAUGGGAGAUCUGACAAUCCGCAUGCUAUGAUGGAACAUCAUGUUAAUUUACCAGGAGUUACAGUGUGGUGUGGCUUAUCAUCAAGAGGAUUAAUUGGACCAUUCUUUGUUGAUGGUACUGUGACUGGUCCCAUUUACUUGAACUUACUGCGACAGUCUGUCAUGCCAAGCAUUAGAGAGGUCUUUGAAGAUGAAGAGUUUUAUUUUCAGCAAGAUGGGGCACCCCCACACUACCAUCAUGAUGUAAGAUCCUACCUUGAUGACAUCUUGCCAAACAGGUGGAUUGGACGAAGGGGUUUCGUAGAAUACCCUCCUCAUUCACCAGACCUCACACCUCUAGACUUUUUUUUAUGGGGAUACUUAAAAGAUAAAGUCUACGCUACAAAACCAGCAACAGUCUCUGAACUGAGAGUAGCCAUUGAACAAGAAUGCACUCAAAUACCAAAUGAAAUGUUUGUUGAUGUUUGUGAUUCUAUUGCUUUGCGUUAUCAGCUGCCUCAUGCACACCCCCUACUGGAGAUCAAACCAGGUUCACGGGUCCACACUCAAUCACUAAGCAACACUGGCUGGGCUAUUUUUAUUUUUUUAAUUUAUCUUUAUUGUUGAAAGUAUUACAGAUG